AUGGAGUCCGAGCAGGGGUCAAGUACUGGGCUCAAUAGGCAAGUACAAUAUGAGAAACUGGCCGCUGGAUCCCUAUCCACUGUUGGAACUGGUCUUGCUGGGAAUUCUGCAAAUGCACAACUUGCUGCAAGAGCAGGAAGCAGUUCAAUCAUCGCAAGACGGAAGAAAGCAUUCUCAAACCUCCCAUUGUGUACCGAUCUCACAACUGCAAAGGUCGAUAUGUUGUCAAAGAUCACCACUGGGACCUACGGGAUCAUCCUUGUCAAUGGUCAGCUCAUGAUCGGUCAUGCUUCCGAUCUGGAUGGGGGCCAACUCUUCCACUGGGGCUACCUCGAGAUCAACGAUGGUGCAAUCCUCGAGCUUCAACAAAAGUUCUUUGAUGAUGUAUAUGUGAAGCUGGUGGCACAACAGGCACAGAUAGUCGUUGCUGUGAAGCGGCUGCUGGUGACUUGGAAGAAAGCAGGCGGUGACAAUGACAAAGAGAUGUGA